AAUUCGCAACGCCACACCAUUGCAACACCAAAGACAAGCACGCUGCACGCCUUCUUGGCUGCAUCUCAUCUCUCAAGUCUCGUGCGGACAAGCUGAUUGGGCGCGUGCAUUUCCCUUGAUUCCUACCUCACCCUCUCAUCCCAGCGGCUUCCGAGGUCGCUCUUCCCCGUCAUGCUUCACGCCUCGUGGCGGGCAGCUCUGCGCCAGACGUCGCGCUCACAUGCCACCCUCACCGCCUCGCGCGUCUCGUCGCGCUUCCUCCCCGCACAGUGUACUGCGUCGCUGGUAGCUCGAUACCCCCACCGAUGCCCGUCGCCGCCCGCCGCCCUGUGCGCCUACCGCAGCUUCUCCACCUCGCUGAGUCGGCAGAAGGAGAAAGACGCCAAGGCAACACCGGAAGAGAAAAACACCGAGGAGACAGACGAGUCGAAGAAGCCCAAGGAGCAGGAGAAGGCGGCCGACGAGCUCGAGGCGAAGACAAAGACGCCCGACCCGAUACCCUCAAGAACAGGGUCAGGCCGAGGCAGCGCUGCAGGAGGGGAUGGCGGUCCUGGCGGCGAUGGAGGGGCCAGAAAACGCAAGCACAACCCGCUCGUCAAGCCCUCGAUACCAGAAGUCUAUCCCCAGGUCAUGGCCAUCCCUCUCGCCAAGCGCCCCCUCUUCCCGGGCUUCUACAAGGCCGUCACCAUCCGCGACAGAGAGGUCGGUCAGGCAAUCGCUGACAUGGUCAGGCGUGGGCAGCCGUACAUUGGUGCUUUCAUGUUCAAGGACGACGCUGUCGACAAGGACGUCAUCGACGAUCCGAGCGAGGUGCACGACGUCGGUACCUUUUGCCAGGUCACGAGUGCAUUCCCUGUUGGCUCCGAGGACAACUUCGCCAUGACCUGCGUUCUGUACCCACACCGCAGGAUCAAGAUGACGAGCCUCUUGCCACCCAAGGGCGAGAAGCAGGAGUCGGCUGGAGAGGCGACGAUUGCCGAAACACCCACACGCGAAACGGCACCGGCCGAGUCCAAGGCCAGCGACAGCGAGUCCAAGGGCGAUGUUGUCGCGAGCUUCGAGGAAGCCAGCGACGACGCAAAGUCCAAGGACGAAGAUCAGACCCUUGCCAUCCUCAAGGGGCGGCAGGUCAGCAUUGCCAACGUCCAGAACAUGGUCGAGGAGCCCUUCAACAUGAAGGACAACAAGGUCAUCCAGGCACUAGUCAACGAGAUCGUCAACACUUUCAAGGGCGUCGCGCUUUUGAACCCCAUGUUCCGCGACCACGUCGCCACCUUUUCCGUUCACACCACAAUGAGCGUCGGCGAGGAUCCCGUCAAGCUGGCAGACUUUGCUGCUGCUGUCGCCCAGGCCGAGUCACACGAACUGCAGGCUGCGCUUGAGGAGAUGGACGUCGAGAAGAGGCUAAGGAAAUCCCUCGAGGUUCUGAAGAAGGAGCUCAUGAGCGCCGAGCUGCAGAAGAAGGUCAGCGACGAGGUCAACAACCGGGUACAAAAGAAGCACCGCGAGUUCAUCUUGAUGGAGCAGAUGAAGGGCAUCAAGCGUGAGCUUGGUAUCGAGUCGGACGGCAAGGACAAGCUCAUUGAGAAGUUCAACGAGAAGGCAGGCAAGCUGGCGAUGCCUGAGGCUGUCAGGAAGGUCUUCGACGAGGAGAUGAGCAAGCUCUCUGGCCUUGAGCCCAGCGGAUCUGAGUUCAACGUCACAAGGAACUACCUCGAUUGGCUGACACAGCUUCCUUGGGGUCUCAGCAGCGCCGAGAACUUUGGCAUCAAGCACGCACGUGAAGUUCUCGACGAGGAUCACUACGGCCUGAAGGAUGUCAAGGACCGCAUUCUGGAGUUUAUCGCAGUCGGCAAGCUCCGCGGUUCAGUGGAGGGCAAAAUCCUGUGUUUGGUCGGUCCUCCCGGUGUGGGUAAAACGUCUAUCGGAAAGUCGAUUGCAAGAGCCUUAAACCGCCAGUACUACCGCUUCAGUGUCGGUGGUAUGUAUGAUGUCGCUGAGAUCAAGGGUCACCGAAGAACAUACGUCGGUGCCCUGCCUGGUCGCAUCAUCCAGGCGCUCAAGAAGUGUCAGACAGAGAACCCGCUUGUCUUGAUUGACGAGAUCGACAAGCUCGGCCGCAACAGCAACCACGGUGAUCCUGCCGCAGCGCUUCUCGAACUGCUCGAUCCCGAGCAGAACAACAGCUUUUUGGACCACUACCUAGAUGUACCUGUCGACCUGUCCAAGGUUCUCUUUGUUUGCACAGCCAAUAUGUCAGACACGAUCCCUCAGCCACUGCUCGACCGUAUGGAGAUGAUUGAGCUGUCCGGCUACGUCGCAGACGAGAAGAUCGCCAUCGCCGAGAAGUACCUCGCACCCGCAGCGAAGGAGAUGAGCGGUCUGAAGGACGCUGAUGUCAUCCUCGAGAAGGAAGGCAUCGUUGAGCUCAUUAACAAAUACUGCCGAGAGUCUGGUGUGCGCAACCUGAAGAAGCAAAUCGAGAAGGUCUACCGCAAAUCCGCACUCAAGAUCGUGACCGAGGUUGGCGAAGACGCGCUCCCUGAGUCCGAAGCGCUCACAGACGAAGGCAAGGCCGCACAAGAGGAAGCCGAAAAGGACAAGACAGACGUCAAGCAGACACCAGAGGAUAUGGAGAAGCAAACAUCACCAAAGCCUCGCGUCGCCCUCAAGGUCCCUGACACCGUCCACGUAUCCAUCAACAAAGACAACCUGAAGGACUACGUCGGUCCACCCGUCUUCACUGCCGACCGCCUCUACGACUUCACACCACCCGGCGUCGCCAUGGGUCUGGCCUGGACCUCGAUGGGCGGCUCAGCGCUGUACAUCGAAUCGAUCCUGCAAAACGCGCUCUCCGCGUCUUCCCACCCGGGUCUCGAGCGCACCGGCUCGCUGCGCGACGUGAUGAAGGAGUCCACCGGCGUCGCGUACUCGUACGCCAAAUCUGUGCUCGCACGCGACUUCCCAAAGAACAAGUUCUUUGAGCACGCAAGGCUACACUUGCAUUGCCCAGAGGGCGCGGUGCCGAAGGAUGGGCCCAGUGCGGGUAUCACCAUGGCGAGCAGUUUCUUGUCGCUGGCUCUUGAUACGCAGAUUCGAGAUGGCGUGGCCAUGACUGGUGAACUUACCCUCACUGGCAAGGUUCUAAGGAUCGGUGGUCUGAGGGAGAAGACUGUUGCUGCACGGAGAGCGGGCGCGAAGAUGGUUAUUUUCCCCAAGGACAAUUUGAGUGAUUGGUUGGAACUUCCUGAGAACAUCAAGGAGGGCAUCGAAGGCCACCCCGUAGAAUGGUACUCUGAGGUUUUCAACCUCAUCUUCCCGGACCUGAACAAGGAGGUCGCAAACAAGCUGUGGGAGAAGGAACUCAAACCGAAGAAGGGGGAUCGCAAGAGGAAGGAGCAGAAGCGGAAAGAUGAUGAUGAGGAGAGUGGGGAGGACGACGACUGAAUACCCAAUGCACAAGGGUAGUACACUUGUAUGAUAUGAGGUGUGAUAGCAGCCACGCAUUAGCGGCGUUUGGGCAUUGAGAAUGCGGCCUUUUGAACCGCGAUGUGAAGAGUGGUGGAUGAAGCACAAGUGGAUCUCGACUCUUGCAUAUAGAUUAGGAAGAGAUCUGCGCCAAUAACUAUUGAGCCAAUGAGAUACUUGUA